UCAGUCGAUAGGCACUGCAGUUGGUUGGCUCACUAUCCCGGUUUCGGCAAGUCGUUGUUGUGAAGAGAGGGAAACAGAAAAGAGAAAAUCGACUACAGCAUUUUUAGAAUAUUUUUUUCGUUUGUCUACCGUACAUCUUCGUUGUCUCUUUUGAGCAGGCACCAUGGCGUGUGGAGCUACGUUAAAGCGCUCGAUGGAGUUUGAGGCCCUACUCAGUCCUCAGUCUCCUAAGCGAAGAAGGUGCAAUGCACUACCGGGGGUUCCAAGCACCCCGUCCCCUCAAAGGUGCAACCUCCGUCCGCCAGUUGACUGCCCAUCAUCACACUCGAUGUCUCCCCCGGCUAUGGGAGGAGAGCACAGGCUAACUCCAGAGCAGAUCUUCCAGAACAUCCGUCAGGAGUACAGCCGCUACCAGAGGCGGCGGCAGCUGGAGGGGGCCUUCAACCAGAGUGAGGCUGCCUGUAGCUCCACCGAUGCCCCUAGCUCCUCCCUCACCGCCCCCAGCUCCCCAUCAGGUGCCUCGAGGAAGGACCAGCCGUCGUUCACACUGAGGCAGGUGAGCUACCUGUGCGAGCGCUUGCUCAAAGACCACGAGGAGAAGAUCCGGGAGGAGUAUGAACAGAUCCUCAACACAAAACUUGCAGAACAAUACGAAUCUUUUGUGAAAUUCACACAAGACCAGAUCAUGCGAAGAUACGGCGCCAGGCCUGCUAGUUAUGUCUCUUGAAUUCUCCCAUUGAUGAGGUACCAGCUUUUCUCACAAGAUGGCUGCUCUUCUACUGCCCCUUCCUCCACUAGAUAUUUGAUUUUUAUUUCUCUUUUUUUCAUGCUAAUUGGGUACCAUGGUUUAUCCACAUUUUUAAUCGAAAACUGAUUUCUAUAAAAUGCUAAUGGAUCGGAAUAAAAUGUAAAGAUUCGAUUAUAUGCUUGCUCUCUGGAUUUUUUUUGCUGUUGACGAAAGCAGUUUUUUCGUUGUCCCCAGCGCUGUAGUGGCUAUUCUCUGAUCCUUGUGUAUUAUAACCUGCCAGCACUGCCCCUCUGCAGCAGCUGUAUUACUAAAGCCCCCUGGCCUCUCAUCCACUCAGUGUAUUUGUAUCUUUUCCAACUCGAACUGAGGAUGUGGAUUUCUUUUGAAAUUAAAAAGUUCUGUGAUUUAAAA